AUGUUGUCAGUGGCCUCACUUCUUAAUCCGGCGGCCCCUGGGUCGCCGGCACAGUCACCUCGAUAUCGACCGGGUGCUGCAGCCCUGUCGUCGUCCUUCGUCUCGUUCCCGCCCCAGUAUCCUAACCUGAUGUAUGAACGACACUUCAUGUCUUCAAAGCACCGCAAGGUGAUCAGGGACUCUGGCGGCUUCGUCAAGUCCAAGACUAAGGGACAGGUCAACUUCCCACCCUUCGAGGCUCUGGACGAGCCGUCGCUCCGAGAGAUCAAGCAGUACCAGAUUUAUCCCUUCGGAGAGAUUCAAGAAUACUGUCGACACAUUCCCUACAAUAGCGGCAAGAAGGACUUUUACGACAAGACAGGCCGCGAUGGCUUCGAAGUACUUCAAUACAUCUUCAAAGUCCCAGGUGAUGAGAAUGAUUAUACCGUCAUGUGGGAUUACAAUGUCGGCCUCGUCCGCAUGACCCCGUUCUUCAAGUGUUGCAAAUACUCCAAGACCCAGCCAGCCAAGAUGCUGAACAUGAAUCCCGGCCUCCGCAAUAUCACGCACAGCAUCACCGGAGGCUCCAUCAUGGCUCAAGGAUAUUGGAUGCCCUUCAGCUGCGCCAAAGCCGUCUGUGCGACUUUCUGCGCCCCAAUCGCCGGCGCUCUGAUUCCCAUUUUCGGUCCCGAUUUCCCCUCCCAGUGUGUCUCGCCUGAUGGGCCCGACUUUGGUCGCAUGGUCAUCGAUCCGUCCGUUAUUGAGGAGUCGGCCCGCGAGGCCGAUCUCUUCCGUCGCAUGUACGCCAAUGCAGUCAGCGUUGCCAGCAACAACCAUCUGCCACAGCAUCUGCACCGUCAACAGAUGCACAACCACUACAGCCUGGCCCCGGCGCUGCCCAGCCCAACCAGUAUUCCUAGCCCUCGCCUUACCCGUCGCGCCCUGCCACAGUUUCCGUCGCCGCAUGAGUACGACCGCGAGCGCGAGUGUCUUGGCUCCGACGUGUGGAUGAGGACGAAGCGCGGUCCUGACAGCUCAUACGGCACGGACGCCGAGUCUGAACUGCAAGCCGGCCCCGUGACGCCAGCUCCGCACCAUAUCUCGAAUCGUGGUAUGCCCUGUCUACCGCUCUCCCCACCAGGGUCCAGCGGUACUAGCAAUGAUUGGCCUGUCGCCUACCCUCACUCUCAUCCUUCUUACCCGUCCCACGCCCACCUCGGGACUCAGCACCCCACGAGCGCCUUCCAUUCUGGCGCCUGCGGGAGCAAUCUCAAUCAGCCUCAUGACUAUCCUUGCGCCGCAGAUAGGGGUCCCAACCCCAUCCUGAGCGCGGUCCCUAGUUUCGGCCACAGUCAGCGCCUCGAGCACCAGCACCAGCAGCAACAGGGCCCCAGAUUCUCCCACCGGCCACACCCGUUUUCGAAGAGCGACUUCUCGCAGCGCAACAUGCCCCCCAUGAACGUCAACAUCAAGCGCCGUGGGGCUGAUUUUGAGGCGGAACACAAUGAGUACGACCGCGACAGCCACAAGAGCAGCCCUACAAUGACUGUGAUGACCGACAGGUCCGUGUCGCGUGGGUCUGCAUGUCGCCAGAACGUGGCCCAGGAACCGACCACGAGCGGCGUGGAUAAGAAUGCUGCAUUCUUGCUCAUGAAUUUGAGUGUGCGGGAGCACAAGUAUACUCAUCAGGGCACCGUGGAUGGGCGCAAGGAGAACCGACGGGUGCAAGACGGGUUCGCUGUUGCCAAUGAAUGGCUCUCACGCGGCUGUGGACCCGAGACGAUGUCAAUGUCGCCCCUUUCAGGCACAGCGGGUGGACAUAGAAGCAAGCGGCGCAGGGCAACCUCGAUGUAA